AUGGCCGUCAGCCCGCAAGCCAUGAACAGGAAGGUGGUGGUGAAGGCCACCGACAUACCCGACCACAUGCAGCAGGAAGCAAUCAGUGUCACCGUGGCGGCCCUCGACAAGCACAAAAUCUUGCGUGAUGUGGCGGCGUUCGUCAAGACCGAGUUCGACCGCAAGUUCGGCCCCACCUGGCACUGCGUGGUGGGCCGCUCGUUCGGCUCCUACGUCACGUACGAGACCAAGCGUUUCACGUACUUCUACGUGGGCAACAUUGCCGUGCUGCUCUUCAAGGCCGGGUGA